AUGGCAACUCUUCCGACCGAAGUAAUCACCGAAAUCUUGUCCCGUCUGCCGGUGAAGUCAGUGUUGCGGCUGCGCUCCACCUGCAAGUGGUGGCGGACGCUCAUCGACACAACCCACUUCAUCCUCUUCCACCUCAGAAAAUCCCACACCUCUCUCAUUCUCCGUCACCGCUCACACCUCUACACCCUCGACCUUCAAUCCCUCGACAAACCCCUCGAAAUCACUCACCCUCUCAUGUGCUACAGCAAUAACAUCAAGGUCCUCGGUUCCUGCAACGGCCUCCUCUGCAUAUCCAACGUCGCCGACGACAUCGCCCUAUGGAACCCUUACCUCCGCAAGCACCGGAUUCUCCCCACCGACCGCUUCCACCGCCCCAACUCCACCCUCUUCGCGGCUCGCGUCCACGGCUUCGGCCACGACGAUGCCUCCAACGACUACAAGCUCGUCAGCAUUACCUACUUUGUCGAUCUUCACAACCGCACAUUCGAUUCCCAGGUCCAACUCUACACUCUCAAAUCUGACGCCUGGAGGAAUCUCCCAAGCAUGCCCUACGCCCUCUGCUGCGCGCGAACCAUGGGCGUCUUCGUCGGCGGUGCCCUCCACUGGGUCGUCACUCGCAAACUCGAACCGGAGCAGCCCGAUCUCAUCGUCGCCUUUGACCUCACGCACGAUAGCUUCCGUGAAGUUCAGCUCCCUGUAACCGUUAAGGGAAAUUUCGACAUGGAAGUGACUCUGUUGGGAGGGUGUCUCUGCGUGGUGGAGAAUAGGGGAAGCGGAUUUGACGUUUGGGUUAUGAGAAUGUACGGAUACGCAGAUUCAUGGGAGAAACUGUUUACCUUAACGCAGGACCAUUUUCACAUUGGAUCUCCAAAAUUAAAAUCCUUGAGGCCUUUGCUUUUGGAUGGGGACAGGGUUUUGCUUGAACAGAACCGUAGCAAGCUCUGUUGGUAUAACGGCAAAAGUGGCGAUGUGAGUUUCGUUAGAAUACCCGGAGUUGGAAACUCCAUUGAAGGCACGGUUUGCGUUGGAAGCCUUGUCCCACCCGCUCUACUGAGCUUCCGUGAUGAGAGCCAGAAGCAGAGACUGGGCCACCAGAAGUGUAGGAAGAAAAGGGAUGACUUCCUGUCUAAGGGGUUCAAAUUGACGUUGUAA